AUUCAUUUAAUCUGUCAUGGAGUCCAACAACUGCUGCUAAUCUAGACAUCAACUACUCUGUUUCUGGAUGUGUAUUAUGAUCCUGCUUUGAGUUGCCACCGGAUUUCAUGGGGCUGUUGAGAGAGGUAGCCGCCAUGAGCUCGAGGAGGAGGAUUUUCAAUUAGGAUUUGUUCAUGUUCGUAAAUUAAUUGACGUUGCGGCUGUGUGUUUGUGUGUAUAUAUAUUGUGUGGGUAGUUGGAGGAUUUGGAUUGUUUAGGAAGAAAUGGCUUGGAGUAAUUCGUUGAAGGAGGCGGCGAAUUCCAGGCCAUUGUUCGUGACCAUCUACGCCACUGUGAUUAUCGGGAUUUUGGUGUCUUCGUUUUACGUAUUUUCCGCGGUUUUCUCCAGUUCGAAUUUUUUGUCUUCUCCGUGGUCUUCGGUGACAUUUGCCUCCGGAGAUGGCCGUAAAGAACUAAGUUCGCCAACAAUCAGCCGAACAUCUAAUUAUAGCCAGCAAGUAGUGAGGGGUGGAGUGCCAGAUCCGUCGACUGAAUUGGAAAGAAAGGUUCUGGAUCCUAUUUGGAAGGCACCUUCUGGAUCAAAACUGCCUCCUUUGGAGAACUUUCGAUUGACAAAAGAACUGGUUCAGCAAAGAGUGAAGGACAAUGUCAUAAUUGUGACAUUUGGUAACUUUGCUUUCAUGGAUUUCAUACUGACUUGGGUUAAACACUUGACGGAUAUGAGUGUUGAUAAUCUUCUUGUUGGUGCAAUGGACACAAAAUUGUUGGAGGCUCUCUACUGGAAAGGUAUUCCAGUUUUUGACAUGGGUAGUCAUAUGAGCACUAUAGACGUUGGUUGGGGCUCGCCAACAUUUCACAAGAUGGGCAGAGAGAAAGUUAUCUUGAUAGAUUCUUUCUUACCUUUUGGGUUUGAAUUGCUGAUGUGCGACACCGACAUGGUCUGGUUGAAGAACCCCCUUCCUUAUCUUGCUCGCUUUCCUGAAGCUGAUGUGUUGACUUCCACUGAUCAAGUUUCACCAACUGUAGUUGAUGACCGAUUGGAUGACUGGAGACAAGCUGGUGCUGCUUACAACAUUGGAAUUUUUCACUGGCGGCCAACUGAGGCCUCGAUGAAAUUAGCAAAAGAAUGGAAGAAAAUGCUUCUGGAUGAUGAUAAGAUAUGGGAUCAAAAUGGUUUCAAUGAGCUUGUUCACAGGCAGCUGGGCCCACCUGUUGAUGAAGACAGUGGACUUGUGUAUGCCUAUGAUGGAACUCUUAAAAUUGGCCUUCUUCCAGCAAGCAUUUUUUGCAGUGGACACACCUACUUUGUGCAGGCCAUGUACCAACAGCUUAGACUGGAGCCCUAUGCUGUGCAUACCACAUUUCAGUAUGCUGGUACUGACGGAAAAAGACAUCGGUUGCGUGAGGCUAUGGUUUUCUUUGAUCCACCAGAAUAUUAUGAUCCAGAAGGAGGAUUUCUGACAUUUAAACCUAAUAUUCCAAAGAGAUUAUUAUUAGAUGGAACGCAUAAUGUGGAAUCACACUUUGCUGCUAUGAAUUACCAAAUUAAACAGAUACGAACUGCAUUUGCCAUUGCUUCAUUGCUGAAUCGUACAUUGGUAAUGCCUCCACUAUGGUGCAGGUUGGAUAGACUGUGGUUCGGACAUCCUGGGGUUUUGCAGGGGUCUUUGACCAGGCAGCCUUUCAUAUGCCCUUUGGAUCAUGUUUUUGAGAUCAAUGUGAUGCUGAAAAAGUUACCAGAGGAGGAAUUCGGUCCCGGAAUCAGGUUUAGGGAAUAUUCUCUGUUUGACAAUCCACGCAUGCCCGGGAAGGUGAAGGAUUCUUGGCUUGACGUCCAUCUCUGUCGCGAAGGCUCGCCUGGUUGUGAAGUUUCAAACAUCACAAACCAAGUGAAAAGCCUGAAGUUUCCUAAACGGAGUACAGAAGAAACGUUGAAGACCACAUUCUCAUCCUUCAAGGAUGUCAAAGUCAUCCAAUUCUCCUCAAUGCAAGAUGCAUUCUUAGGAUUCUCCGAAAAGACUAGAGAAGAAAGAUUUAGGAGACGCGUAAAGCACUACACGGGAAUAUGGUGUUGCGUCGAAACAGCUACUCCGGGACACAUAUAUUACGACAUAUAUUGGGACGAAAAACCGGGUUGGAAGCCAAUGCCACCCCGGAACCAAUCGGAGGACCAUCCCCCGCUGUAAGCACGGAUUUUAAACAUUAAGAGGCGAAGACGUAGAGCGAUCAACACGGAUUCAAUUCAAUUGGAGUAGAGGUAUAAUUUGUUUAUAGAUAUUUGCAGUCACUGAGUUUGUUUGUAUACAGACCGAUGAGAUGAUGCAGACAGUAAUCUAAUUUUCUUUCAUUUUGGCUCUCUCUCUCUCUCUCUCAUACGUGAUGUGCUUUUGUACCCUCAAGAACUUGUCAAAUUUGAAUCCAACAAAUCCUCCAAAAUCGAGUCACAA